UAUCCUGCUACUGGGAGAACCGUAAUAAACAACACGAUAGCGUGCCAGCGUAAUAUCCUACUACUAGGAGAACCGUAAUAAACAACACGAUAGUGUUCCAGCGUAAUAUCCUGCUACUAGGAGAACCGUAAUAAACAACACGAUAGUGUUCCAGCGUAAUAUCCUGCUACUGGGAGAACCGUAAUAAACAACACGAUAGUGUUCCAGCGUAAUAUCCUACUACCAGGAGAACCGUAAUAAACAACACGAUAGCGUGCCAGCGUAAUAUCCUGCUACCAGGAGAACCGUAAUAAACAACACGAUAGUGUUCCAGCGUAAUAUCCUGCUACUAGGAGAACCGUAAUAAACAACACGAUAGCGUGCCAGCGUAAUAUCCUGCUACCAGGAGAACCGUAAUAAACAACACGAUAGUGUUCCAGCGUAAUAUCCUACUACUAGGAGAACCGUAAUAAACAACACGAUAGUGUUCCAGCGUAAUAUCCUGCUACUAGGAGAACCGUAAUAAACAACACGAUAGUGUUCCAGCGUAAUAUCCUGCUACUAGGAGAACCGUAAUAAACAACACGAUAGUGUUCCAGCGUAAUAUCCUGCUACUAGGAGAACCGUAAUAAACAACACGAUAGCGUGCCAGCGUAAUAUCCUGCUACCAGGAGAACCGUAAUAAACAACACGAUAGUGUUCCAGCGUAAUAUCCUGCUACUGGGAGAACCGUAAUAAACAACACGAUAGUGUUCCAGCGUAAUAUCCUGCUACUAGGAGAACCGUAAUAAACAACACGAUAGUGUUCCAGCGUAAUAUCCUGCUACUAGGAGAACCGUAAUAAACAACACGAUAGUGUUCCAGCGUAAUAUCCUGCUACUAGGAGAACCGUAAUAAACAACACGAUAGCGUGCCAGCGUAAUAUCCUGCUACCAGGAGAACCGUAAUAAACAACACGAUAGUGUUCCAGCGUAAUAUCCUGCUACUGGGAGAACCGUAAUAAACAACACGAUAGUGUUCCAGCGUAAUAUCCUGCUACUAGGAGAACCGUAAUAAACAACACGAUAGUGUUCCAGCGUAAUAUCCUGCUACUAGGAGAACCGUAAUAAACAACACGAUAGUGUUCCAGCGUAAUAUCCUGCUACUAGGAGAACCGUAAUAAACAACACGAUAGCGUGCCAGCGUAAUAUCCUGCUACCAGGAGAACCGUAAUAAACAACACGAUAGUGUUCCAGCGUAAUAUCCUGCUACCAGGAGAACCGUAAUAAACAACACGAUAGUGUUCCAGCGUAAUAUCCUGCUACCAGGAGAACCGUAAUAAACAACACGAUGUGUUUGUUCUGUGGUGCCGCUGCAGGUCUGGCCAGCUUGAUGUCCCUCUACUGGUAGGGCUGGCUCAGUAGUGGCCCUACACAACAGACACUUGCAUUCUGUCACCCAAAUAGCACAGUCAAUAUUUCUGUUUUUGUAACAGAUACUGAUGUUGAUGUUAUGGGUAUGUAACAGCUCAACUUGUGACUGAGUUCAGCUUCAAACUGGAGAAGUCUAAAACGUACCAGGUCUAGAACUCCCUGCAGUACUCCGCUGUUGCUAUGCGACCUGUCAACAACAAACAGACUCGCUAGCUAGGCUAGUUAGCUAGCCGCUAGGUAAGGAUGUCGUCGGGUUACUCAGCUAACCAGUAUGAAAAUGCUUUCAACUCGCAGAAACUGCAGAAUUGGACUCUGCCAAAGCAUUUCAAGGAGAGGCCCUCUGCAGCAGAGGGUCACACCAUCUUCAUUGCCAGUGACCGUGGACAUCUCCUACCAGGAGUGAAGGCAAAGCGUGGCAGUGCGUGGCCAGGUUUUAAGGGGACGUGGGAGCUGCCUGCUCGUCUCCCUCCUGCCUCCAUCAACCCCACAGCUCGCUCUGAGGAGGGGAGACAGCGUCUCACACACACAUACACAAACUCCAGACUGGACGUCCACACACACAGGGCCGCCAAAACCACCAGCAAUCCAGCCGCAGACGGCCAGACGGAAGAGGAUCAGACCUGCAAUGCCCCAACCUCAGAGAGACCAGUCACGGGACAAUCAGGUCCUGGGGAGAGACCGUUGAAUCAAGCCUCAGAGAGAGCAUCCUCCACCCUGACACUCAGCAAGAGGAGAGAUCAGCCGCUAGAAGGAACACCUCUUCUGGAGAGAGAUCAGCCGCUAGAGGCAACACCUCGGCUGGAGAGAGAUCAGCCGCUAGAGGGAACACCUCGGCUGGAGAGAGAUCAGCCGCUAGAGGGAACACCUCGGCUGGAGAGAGAUCAGCCGCUAGAGGCAACACCUCGGCUGGAGAGAGAUCAGCCGCUAGAGGGAACACCUCGGCUGGAGAGAAUCAGCCGCUAG